UUAUGUUUUCAGAAUUCACUACACUCUCAACAAAGAAGUAACUCAAUCAUACUAUUAUUGAGUAUUAUUCAUACUACCAUCACGUUUUCAUAAUGACAAUAACUAAUAUGAAUGCCCCAUCUCCAGAGGAGAUUGUUGUCCAGCCACAGCCAGCACCAGCAUUGCCUGGUGGUGAGCAAAAGGACAAUUCGUCAAACAAGUGUUGUCUAAAGAUUAUCGACUGUAAAGAAGCAAAAAAUCAGGUGUUAUUUUCCGUGCCAAUGAUCGUCGUGAACGGUUGUUUCUACUUCAUCAACCUUGUGUCUGUCAUGUUUGCCGGUCACCUUGGCAAGCUUGAGCUUGCUGCCUCAAAUCUUGCUAAUUCAUGGGCAAUGGUUACUGGUUUCUCUUUCAUGGUCGGCCUAAGUGGCGCACUUGAGACAUUAUGUGGCCAAGGAUAUGGAGCAAAACUGUUCAGGAUGUUGGGAAUACAUCUUCAAACAUCAUGCAUCAUAUCAUUCUUCUGUUCUAUUGUGGUUUCCUUCAUCUGGUGGUAUUCCGAUAAGAUCCUGAUUUUACUUGGUCAAGAUCCUCUCAUAGCUAGAGAAUCAGGGGUUUUCUUGAAGUUCCUUAUACCUGGAUUGUUUGCAUAUGGUUUAUUGCAAAACAUUGUGAGAUUUCUUCAAGCACAAUCAAUCAUCUUGCCUCUGGCUUGCUUUUCGGUUGCAGCUUUAGUUGUCCACAUUGGCAUUUCAUAUGCUCUGGUUCAUUGGACCAGUCUUGCUUUCAGAGGAGCCGCAUUAGCAGCUUCAAUUUCGUUUUGGAUCUCAUUUGUCACGCUGAGUCUAUAUGUGCUUUUCUCCAAGAGAUUCAGCCAUAUAAGGCCGGAAAGUUUCUCAACCGAGCCAUUUCAUUAUAUUCUUUCAAACUUGAAGCUGGCUUUGCCCUCUGCUGGCAUGGUGUGCUUGGAGUACUGGGCUUUUGAGAUUCUUGUGUUAUUAGCUGGUUUGAUGCCAAAUUCAGAAACAACUACUUCUGUCGUCGCAAUGUGUGUAAAUACAGAAACCAUAGCCUACAUGAUAUCUUAUGGUCUCAGUGCUGCUGCAAGCACAAGGGUGUCAAACGAGAUAGGAGCAGGAAAUAUUGGCAAAGCUAAGCAAGCGAUGGCGGUUACUCUCAAGUUAGCUAUUCUUUCUGCCCUUAUAGUUGAUACGGCUCUAGGUUUUGGUCACAAAUACUGGGCAAACCUCUUCAGUGACAACGCAGAGAUUAUCCACAGAUUUUCCUCAAUGACACCUCUCCUUUUAGUCUCUUUCUUGUUCGAUUUCAUACAAGGAAUUCUAUCAGGAGUGGCAAGAGGAUGUGGAUGGCAGCGUUUCGCUAUGUGCAUCAACUUGGCAACUUUUUAUUGCGUUGGCAUGCCAAUAGGCGCUGUCCUGGCUUUCAAGUUCAACUUUAGUUAUAAGGGUUUAUGGAUAGGGUUGAUUUGUGGUCUAGCCUGCCAAUCUUCUGGAUUGUUGCUCCUGACAUUAUUUUCAAGAUGGGGAAAAGCAGAUCAGGUCUCAAAAACUAGCAAUAGAGAAAAUGAACUCCAGGCUUAAAUUAAGCAUAGAGUUCAUGAAAUCCACUUGCAUUGAUCAUUGGUAAUUAGUUAAUUCAUCAGUUUUGUAAUUUGAGAACAUUUUUGACUUGUCUACAUAGUUUUAGAAUAAAUCGCAUAUCUAGGCAUUAUUUUUUGCGCUUAUGAAGGUCAGUAUCAGUCCUUAAGUGCAUUUAUUAUUUUGUAUCUGAAUCUUAAUUGAGGACUUUUGUCAAAAUAGCUUUUCAGAAAAAUAUUUU